CGGCGGCCGGAAGCGAGCGGCGCGGCGGGCGGGCCGGGAGGGUGGUGGGGGUCGGCGUCGCCUCUGCCGGGCUCGGAGAGGAGCGGGGAGGAGGGCGGCUGCCUCGCCGCCGGCCAGGAACCUCCCGCGGGCGCGGAGCUAGCCAUGGAUUUCCGGAAUAUCCUCGUGGUGGCCUCGGAGCAGCAGGGGCUGAGCUCGGUGCCGAAAAGAUACAGUUUGGCUGUUGGUCCUCCCAAAAAGGUUCCAAAAGUCAAGGGUGUAGAGUCUGCAGCAGUGCAAGCGUUUCUCAGACGGAAAGAAGAAGAAAAAAGGAAAAAAGCACUAGAAGAAAAAAGAAGGAAAGAAGAACUCUUGGCUAGACGUAUUGAACUGAAACAUGACAGAAAGGCAAGAGCUAUGGCUUCGCGAACAAAGGAUAACUUUUACGGCUAUAAUGGCAUUCCUGUUGAAGAGAAGCCUAGAAAGAGGAGGACUUCUGAGAACGUUGCUCAGGUUGCAGAGCCUGAGUACGCAACAGAAGAUGAAACUGAGCAAUUUGAAUACAGUCAGACUGAAUCUGAGCAUGAGCAAGAGGAAUAUGAAGAGAAACCAGCCAAAGCUGCAGUGAAACCAAAGGCACCUCCCAAAAGUGCACCAGCCCCUCUGAACUUCACAGAUCUUCUAAGGCUUGCUGAAAAAAAACAAUAUGAACCAGUGGAAAUAAAAGUAGUGAAAAAGGUAGAAGAGAGACCCAGGACAGCAGAGGAAUUGAGGGAGAGAGAAUAUUUGGAGCGUAAAAACAAAAGAAUGGAAAUGCAGAAAGAGAAAAAGAAAAGUGAGAAAGAGAUUAGGAAUACAGGUGUAUCCAGUUCUUUGAAAAAAGGGACUUCUCAGAAAGAGUCUGUAAAUGCAAAACUCAGCAAAAGCUCAAUAGAUAAACACUCCUCUCCAAAAGGCAGUCUGUCUUCUAUGAGUGGUGCCGAUAAGAAAUCGAAAGCAUCAGCAUUGACUGAAAAACACUCACGGUCAUCAUCCUCUUCCAAAUCCAGUCAAAUGGAAAAAGUUAAAACCUCGCAAAAUGGCUCCUUAAAAAGCUCUACUGGUAGCAGUCAUAGUAAAUUAUCUGUCAAUGGUACUGGAAAAUCUGGCUCGAGCACUCAUGUGCCACCCUCGAAAGCAACAGCCAAUGGGUCUCAGAGGCUACCAUCCGCUAAAGAGUCUAACCUGAAGAAAUCUGCCCAUACCAAACUGGGAAGUGCUGCAGCCCUUCACCAUGAAAUUAACUCCAACGCAAAGCGGUCGGGUAGCAGUUUAGGAAAAGGAGGACCGGGACAUCCAGGUGGCGGUCCAAGUACAGGACCUGGGCGAUCAAGCAGCAGCUCUGGUGUGGGACCUGGGCGGCCAGGAAGUGGUUCGACUGCGGGACACGGGCGCCUGGGCAGCGGCUCGGCUGCGGGACCUGGAAGGCCAGGCGUCAGUUCAAGCGCGGGACCUGGGCGCCUGGGCAGCGGCUCAGGCGUGGGACCUGGAAGGCCAGGCGUCAGUUCAAGCACGGGACCUGGGCGACCGGGCAGCAGCUCGAGCGUGGUGCUUGGGCGAGCCGGCAGCAGCUUGGGCACCGGUCCGGGGAGGCCGGGCGUCAGCACGAGUGCAGGACUUGGGCGAGCCGGCAGCAGCUUGGGCACUGGCCCGGGAAGGCCGGGUGUCAGCACAAACACAGGACCUGGGCGACCGGGCAGUGGCUUGGGUACAGGACCAGGAAGGCCAGGUGUCAGCCCAAGCGCAGGACCCGGGCGACCGGGCAGCGGCUUGGGUUCAGCUGUAAGACCUAAGUGUACUGUUGUAUCAGAAACAAUUUCUUCUAAAAAUCUAAUCACAAGGCCUAGCAAUGGACAGAUUAAUGGAAUGAGACCUUUUCAAGGGCAUAGACCAGUGUUUCAUCCACAAGGUCUUGGAAGACCUUCUCUCCCACCCAUUAGUUACAAAAGGCAGAUAGAAGAUGAUGAUGAUGAUGAAUAUGACUCUGAAAUGGAUGACUUUAUUGAAGAUGAAGGAGAACCCCAAGAAGAAAUAUCAAAGCAUAUUCGGGAAAUAUUUGGAUAUGACCGGAAAAGAUACAAAGAUGAGAGUGAUUAUGCCUUACGUUAUAUGGAGAGCAGCUGGAGAGAGCAACAGAAAGAAGAAGCUAGGAGCUUGAGACUUGGUGUUCAGGAAGACUUAGAAGAAUUGAAACGGGAAGAAGAGGAAUUGAAGCGCAAGAGACAGUCAAAGAAGCUGAGGACACGUUAACUGACUUGGUGUUGAUUUUGUUCAUUUUUCUGCUACCCUCUGCCUCCAUACAUCUUACUCUAUUUCAGUUUCCAUUUGCUUGCUAGAGGGCAAAAGAAUGUGUAAAGGGAUGAAAAUACUGAAAAGCAAGGCUUUAGUUUGACCUAAAUAAGAUAUUUAUUUUUAAUACUUGCUAGGGUUGAUUUUUUUAUGAAGAAAUUGGUGCACUAAUGCAUAUUAAGGGAAAAAAAAACCAGUAAAGAUUUCCAUUGAUGAAAUCAGUUGUUGAAGAUGCCAGCAGAAAUGCUGACUAGCUAUGCACUGGCUUGCAGCUGUGUGGGCCUAUAGACCAGUAAACCAGUUUUGCAUUCACUUCAAAAAGGAAUAACGUUCCCUGAUAUUUUUUGAGAUGUAAAGAAAUUGCUUUAUAUCCUGCUCUCAAUCUCCUGAGUUGAGAUCCCUCAAAGUAUUGAAAUAAUAUCUUCUGUACAGAAAUGGCUUGGGUGGGUGUAAAUUUCAGCUAUUGCCACAGAUGUUCAAAGCAAUAAAGUGCUAACAUUUUCUGAUUUGAGGACUGUGUGUCUUAACAUAACCAAUUUAAAAAAAAAAUAGAACCUCUUAUUUCUAACAGUGCAUGUCACUUGCAAAUCAUGCAGUUAUGGAAAUGACCAAAAAAUUAUGUUGGCUUUUGCUGUGCCUGGAAUUUCAAUGCCAAUCUAUUUCAGUAUGAUGAAUGCACAUCCUGAAAAAUAGGAAUUUCCAGUGUUUGUAUGUAGCUUGUGCUUUUGGGCUCAAGCAUAUGCCUAGGAAUUCUUUCCCUGCCCUGUAAAUCUUCAAGUUUGUCUAACAGUUUCUGCUGCUUUUAUAAAUUAAGUGUACAGUGCACAUUGUUUUCUCUUGCAUUAAAAAUCAGGUGUUUUUAAAUUAUUUAAAAUGUGAAACAGUCAUUGAAUUAGGUUCACUUUUCAGAAGGAACAUCAGAAUGAAAUGUGUUACUGUAUUUGCAACUCAUUGAUAUUAAUGACUUCAUACUACUAACAUCUAGCAAAUGAUUCUGAUUAAUUUCCUCAAACAAUGUAAAAUGUUAGUUGUAUCAGGAGAGGUCAGUUACCUAUUUUAAUGCCCAUAUUUGCACAUUAUUUCCAUCUAUGCAUUUAAAGACUGUUUCCUUCAGUAACUGACUCUGUUUACAAUUGGCACAGGGGUUCAUGCAGGUUUACAGGGACUGCACUGAGUCUGAAUCUCCAGAUCUGGUGGUGCAUUUACUUUGACUUCCCCAGGUUCCCUUUCAGAGCUCACCAGUGUCACUACUCACCUUUGCCUCGGACCCCAAGCCUUGACUGAUACAACCUCUGGCUUUAGCCGCUUAAGCGGUUACUGUUUUAAUACUGGAAGUAUUUGGCCAAGUACUACAAAGGCUCUGGGUGUAUGCUGGGGGGGUGGGGGGGGAAGCUGAUAAAUAGAAAGGAAAAAUUACUUCCUGAAUACAAAAACAAUUAAAGAACUCUUCCUAUCAGGAGGCAAUUCAACAGUGCUGCCUUCAGAAAUAGCACUUCAGACAGCAAGCUGUAAGGAACAACUUUGGAAGCUGCUGGAAUUUAAAUAUCUGACUCUUAAUGUAAGAAAAAACAGAUUUGCCUUUUUGAGUCAUUUUCUGUCAAUGGUGUAGCAUUUCACUGCUUCAGCAUAACACUGACAUGAGUAAGCUAUUUGGAUAUUAUGAACUAAUUCAGUAUUAGUUGACAGGGAGCCCAGAUGAAGGUAACUACAUCAUUGCUCCUCUGAAUUUUUAACUUUCUAUAUAAGUAAAAAUGUUUCUCAGUGUAUACAUUUAAGACCAUGCAAGAUAGUGUAAUCUCACUGCUUGUCUAUAAAUGUGUGUCACACUCUGCUUAAUGGGACCAUCUGAAAUUGUUUUCUGCUGUAGUUGCUAGAAUUAUCCAUUCAAGACAAUGACUGCUGGGACCAUGAUCAGGUUGCUGGGUUUUUUGUUUUAUAGCAGCUGGAGGAAGGCUCUAGGCCUGUGUUGACCCAGAUAACUAUAUUGGUUGCAAGCAAUUUCCUGCAUGGUUGAAAAUACAGGCUCUUCUGAAAUGCAAGAACUGUAUUAAUUCAAAAUUGUUCAGUCUGGAAUUAAGCCUGCGUUUCAGAUGAAUGGAAGUUAAAUAAAACCCUGCUUUUUAUUUACUUACACAGUAGUGAUACAUUUUAAUUCACCACUGUAUACAAGAUCAGUUAAAUUUCUUAAUCUGUAAAGCACUUUGUCAUUUGUCUUGUAGAUGGUGACUGGAAUGCACUCUGCUCUGCCAGCCUCCCUAAGACACUAUAUACCUGUGUUUUUCUUUACACAAUAAUCAUCGUUUAAAUUUUAUUUCAUAUGAAAAAAUUCUCAAGAACACGUUUGUAAUUUUACAAUCAAGAAGUACUUUCUCAUAAUUGGCAUUGGAUGAUAAUGGCUUUCAAAUUUUGUACAAAUGAUUGGGUUUUAAUGUUUGCAUUUGCUGCAUAUUUUUUCUGUAAAUUGGCUAGGAAGGUACUAAGAAUCUGUUUUUUCUUAAUUCCUGACCUUGUAUUCAAAAAUGUUUACUGUUUACCAGAUAAUUUUAUUAAUCUAGAAAGAGUAUGAGAGUACUCUUCCAAAGUGCAUCUGAAUUUGAGGUUAACAAAAAUUGGAAGAAUGGUUAUAUUGGUUUAUGAGGAUCUGAUGUUAAGCUAGUGAUUUAAUUGUAUUUAAAGAAAUUCUGGUUUGGUUUUUAGAUUUUUUUUUUCAAUUCACUGACAAUGUGCCUUUAACUAAAUUGUGUCAAAAAUAAUGAAUGAAUGUAGGAGUUUAAAGAGGUUGGUCAGCUUCUGCUAUCUCAGAUUCUAUAUCCUUAAACUUGAUAGUGUGGAAUGAUGACAUAGUUUUCAUAAAACCCUUCCAGGUCUGGCUUUGAUUGCACAAUUACAGUAGCUACUUCUUAACUGAUGAUAAUGCUAAAACAAAUGAAGGGCACUUUCUAUUAAUGACUACUUUCUUGAAAAUGUCUUGUAUUUACACUUGAGCUGUAUUUACACUUUACAGCAAUGUCUUUUGGAGGCCAGGGUUUUGCAUAUCACAGGAAGCCUUAGUGUGCAACUCUGUGCUGUGCGUUAAAAUAAAAAUCUUUCAAGAAGUAUAUGAGAUCUCUAUGGAAAUUUGGAUUUAUUUUUAUGUAAAGCCCAAAAUAUUGUCCAGGCAAACUAAUUUUCUAUUUUUUUUGCAUUUUGUAACUUAAUCUAGUAGCUGAUACAUAUUUCUAGAUAUAGCAUAUUUCUGGAGACCAAAACAUGUCAGAAAAUAAAUAUAUAGAGAGAGACUGUUUAAAUUGUGAUGAAUGUAUUUCUAUUUAUUUUGGUGAGUGGGUGUGAUGCAAUAUUAAAGUGUUAGUGUGUAAAUAAGGGUGCUUCUAGUUUUAGCCAAUGACUUUCUUUGGGGAUAUCAGUUGUGCACAAUGUCUUUUUACACAAUGUGACAAAUCAGGUUAAAAACUCUUACAUAGCUUAACUGUUUUCUGGUGUUGUCAAGAAAGUGUAUACUUUUGCGCAAACACCGAAUGCAUAUGGAAGUUUUGCAGAGUAUGUAUACAAUAAAUUACAGGCAUUAAACACUUUA